GGCGGAAGUGUUGCCGCUCAGCUUCCGCUUCUUGUUCGGGGGGAACGUCGAGAGUAAACUUUGCGAGAGGGUCGGGGAGGGCGAGGGCCACCGACACACACACACGCGCACAGCCGCCAUGUGCUCGGGCUGUGUGCAGAAGGAAUAUCCCAACCGGGGAAAGACCUGCUUGGAGAAUGGCUCGUUUCUACUGAAUUAUGUGUGUUGUGCUGAAUGCAGUAAAAGAGAUUUUGUGCUCAUUACUAAUCGAAACCAGGAUGACGAAGAUGGAGAGGAAAUUGUUACAUAUGACCAUGCGUGUCAGAACUGCCACCAUAUCAUAGCACGGCAUGAAUACACUUUCAGUGUUGUCGAUGAUUACCAGGAGUACACCAUGCUGUGUAUGUUGUGUGGAAAAGCUGAAGACUCUGUCAGCGUACUGCCUGACGAUCCCCGGCAAAUGGUCUCACUCUUCUGAAAGAUUUCUCUAUCAUGUGCUUCGGACAGGAAAUGCAGUAGAAUUACUGCUUUGGGAAAUGGAUAUUAAAUUAGUGUUGCAUUUCUUCAAAAUAACACCCAAGUUUUAAAUACAGACUAAUUUCACUUCUUUCAAACAACCACAAACGAAGAGUUCCAUAAGUUAAAUCUUUCUUGCCACCCAUGCAAAGGUGGUCUCAAGACUCUUCUUCGACCGUACCUUGGUCACCCUUCUACCCCUACCCUCUGCGCUCCACCCCUCCUGAU